AUGCAGCAGUCGGCGAUCGCCCUGCAGGCCAGCGGCUUCCACGGAGCCCAGCUGCACGGCAGGCCCCAGGCCCGCCGCGGCGCGUGGCGCGGCGCCACGGCCCCGCACCCUGUUCAGGCCGCGUUUGCGCAGAUCGGCCACACCGACACCGCCCACAUGACCUCCUCGGGCUCCUCCUCGGCCAACAGCCCGAAGGAGGCCAAGAAGCUGCCCAUUGCCUACAGCCCAGAGUGGAUGGCGCUGCGGGAGCACACCAAGGAGGUUGAGAGCCUCCACCUGCGCGACCUGCUGGUGGAUGAGGAGCGCACAGACAGUCUGGUGCGGGAGCACAACGGCCUCUAUGUCGACUUCUCCCGCCAGAACGUGACCGAGACGACCAUGCAGCUGCUGCUGAACCUGGCGGAGCGCGCCAAGCUGCGCACCAAGAUGAACGCCAUGUUUGCGGGGGAGCACAUCAACAACACUGAGGACCGGUCGGUGCUGCACACCGCGCUGCGCAUGCCGCGCGACGAGGAGGUGUAUGUGGACGGCCAGAACGUGGUGCCCGAUGUGUGGGAGGUGCUGGACAAGAUCAAGGACUUCUCGGAGCGCGUGCGCGGCGGCGAGUGGGUGGGCGCCACCAGCAAGCCGCUGACAGACGUGGUGGCCAUCGGCAUCGGCGGCUCCUACCUGGGCCCCCUCUUCGUGCACACCGCCAUGCAGUUUGACGAGCCGUGCAAGGAGCUGGCGCGUGGCAGGCGCCUGCGGUUCCUGGCGAAUGUGGAUCCCGUGGAUGUGGCCAAGGCGCUCAACGGCCUCAACCCUGAGACCACCCUGGUGAUCGUCAUCUCCAAGACCUUCACCACCACGGAAACCAUGCUGAACGCACGCACGGUGCGCACCUGGCUGACGGCUGAGCUGGGGCAGGAUGCUGUGGCCAAGCACAUGGUGGCGGUCUCUACCAACCUGAAGCUGGUCAAGGAGUUUGGGAUCGACCCCGCGAAUGCGUUUGGGUUCUGGGACUGGGUGGGCGGGCGGUACAGCGUGACGAGCGCGGUGGGCCUGCUGCCGCUGGCGCUGCAGUACGGCUACGAGAAGAUGGAGGAGUUCCUGCAGGGCGCCCACGACAUCGACUGCCACUUCCGCGACGCUCCCUUCCAGAACAACAUCCCCGUCCUCAUGGGCCUCAUUAGCAUCUGGAACAGCACCUUCCUGGGGCGCAGCAGCGUGGCGGUACUGCCGUACUGCCAGGCGCUGUCCAAGUUCCCAUCCCACAUCCAGCAGGUGGCCAUGGAGAGCGUGGGCAAGCAGGUGUCUGUGGACGGCGAGCCGCUGCCCUUCAAGGCGGGCGAGAUUUACUUUGGGGAGCCCGGCACCAACGGCCAGCACUCCUUCUACCAGCUCAUACACCAGGGCCGCAUCGUGCCGUGCGAGUUCAUUGGUGUGGUGAAGAGCCAGCAGAGCGUGUACCUGAAGGGCGAGCUGGUGUCCAACCACGACGAGCUCAUGUGCAACUUCUUUGCGCAGGCCGAUGCUCUGGCCAUCGGCAAGGACAGCGUGACGCUGCGGGCGGAGAACGUGCCCGAGUACCUCAUCCCGCACAAGACCUUCAGCGGCAACCGCCCCUCCACCUCGCUGCUGCUGCCCAGCCUGUCGCCCUUCCGCGUGGGGCAGCUGCUGGCGCUGUACGAGAACCGGGUGGCCACGCAGGGCUUCAUGUGGAAUGUGAAUGCGUUUGACCAGUGGGGCGUGGAGCUGGGCAAGGUGCUUGCGUCGCGCGUGCGUACGAUGAUGCACACGGCGCGCACCCGCAGCCGCCGCAUCACCAUCACCGACGGCUUCAACCCUUCCACACGCAAGAUGAUCAACAGGUAUCUGGACGGCAAGAACCAGAUGCUGUACCCCGAGGGCAGCGACGUGUUCCCCUGCGAUCUCAUCCACUCGGACGAGUGCGAGGCGAAGUUCUGA